AAGGUAGUGAUUAGUAUCACAAGUAUUUGAUAGAAGAGAAAGGGAGAGGAUAAUAUGAUACCUUGGAUCCACUAUCUCAGUUUCCACAGCAACCGGUAUUAAAUAACAUGUACUCUGUGGUGGACUUUGAACCGGCAGGCAGAUGGGUGUGGAGACAGGUAAGGUAAGCCAUUUGCAUUCCAGGAAGAGAGAUCUCUGACUACAGACAUGGCUAAAUUCCUGUCAGGAACUCAGAUCAACGAGUUCAAGGAAUGUUUCUCCUUGUAUGACAAGAAGCGCAAGGGGAAGAUUGAAGCCAAGGACCUGAUCACAGUUAUGCGCUGUCUGGGGACGAGUCCCACCUUCGGUGAGAUCGACCGACACCUGCAGGUCCACAAGAUAGAAAAGAAGGGCGAGCUUGACUUCUCCACCUUCCUGACCAUGAUGCACCGGCAGAUCCAGCAGGAGGACCCCAAGGCGGAGAUCCUGGAGGCCAUGAGGAUGACGGACAAGCAGAAGAAGGGCUACAUCCUGGCCUCGGAGCUCCGGGCCAAGCUCACCAAGCUAGGAGAGAAGCUGACUGAUAAAGAAGUGGACGAGCUGUUCAGAGAAGCCAACGUGAAGUCUAAUGGCAACGUGCACUACGAGGAGUUCACCAGGAUGGUGACACUACCGUCAGUGGAUUACUGAGGGACAGGAGGGAGAUGAC